AUGUCUAUAUUAUCUCUAUCUAAUCUAGUAUUAUUACAAAUCAUAAGAGAGAUUCAAGACAAUGUAGAUAUCAUAUGUUUUAUGUUAACUUGUAAAAAGUUAUACCAAAAUAGUAGUUUAAAGAGAUGCGUUAGAUUCAAAGGGAUUGAGGAACUAAUCGAUAUUGAAAAGAGAGAGAUAUCACAAAGGUUUAUACCAUCAACAAUCAAUCAAUUCAAACUAUUAUCAUUUAAAGAUAUAUUGAUGAAUAGUAUCAAUCAACAACAACUUUUAAUAGACUGUCUCAUCGACCCAACAAUCAUUAAUAAUGACACAAGUAACAUUACAACAACAAUGAUCAAAGAUUAUGAUUUUAUUCCGUCAAUAUACUCUAUACCAUCAAUCGAGACACUAUUCAUCAAUGACCAAAGUGAAGAAAAGGAUCCAGAGGAAGAUCGAUUUCCCUAUAAUUAUGACAUGGAUGAAGAAGAAGAAGAAGAGGAAACUGUAGAUCUUACCUCCAUCUCACUCUUGCCUAAUCUGCAACGACUCUUUGUUCGUUCUUACGAUUUGGAUAUUGGAAAACACGAAUCUAUCAAGUCACUUGAUUUACAUGUCGACGAAUUGGUCCAUCUUAGUGUAUUAGAGAACAAAUUUGCAUCACUGACCGAGCUUUGUAUAAAGAGUAGAUUUAUUAGAAGUGACAAGAUCCAUCUACUCCCAAGUAGUCUUACAUCGCUCACAUUGGGACGUCUGGGAGUUCCUCCAAAAAAAGCAUUCUAUUCAUUGACAUCACUCCUGACACUUGAUAUCGAUCUAGAUUUUGACUGUCAGACUGAAAAACAACCAUUCAUCGAUCUAAAGGGUCUACACAACCUAGAGUCUUUCAAGUUGGAUGGAAAUGAUUACGAGCAACACAUUUGCGUUGACUACACCAUCAAGAUGACUGUCCCACCUUCAAUCAAGAACCUCAACACCAGACUCACAUGCAUCAAAAUUCAUCCACAAUGUACCAUGCCACUAUUAGAGAGAUUAAAAGUACCACAAUGCCUAUUGCUUGAAAAAAAAAUCCGUCUGUCGUCAUCACCAUUGCUAAAAAAACUAGUUAUAGACUCUUGUUUUGAUAAGAUGCCAGCCAAUCUCAUCCCAUCCUCUCUUGAACAUCUUUCAAUCGAUAAAUUUUCAAGUGAUGCCAAUAUACUUGACCAAGUUGUAUUCCCACCGUCACUCACCUAUCUAUCUAUGAAGGGUACCUGUAUCGAGACAGUCAAUCGAAAUAGACUUCCAAAAUCACUCAUCAAACUCAAGCAACUUAUCAAUGAUCCAGUCCUUCCACCACUACCACAACAUUUAAAAGAAAUCAUUUGGAAAUCAUGCAAUCAAUUCAAAAAUAAUAAACCACUUUUGGUUUUCCCAUCAUCCACCAACAACAAUAAUAAUAACAACAACAACAAUAAUAGUUAUCCACCUCUACUUGAAACACUCAACCUAAUGGAUAUAUGUGGUGACUUUACCAUCAAUGUACCACCAAUCACAAAAUAUCUGUCACUGCAAUUGAAACCUUUCCUUGCUCCAGAUGGAAUUCCAUUCUUUUCACUAGGUUCAAAGAUUGACAGAUCUCUAAUGUCCCAACAAUCACAACAACAACAAUGGUUACCAAUCAAUACUACACAUCUAACUUGUCAUUUGGGUGAAAAAACAAAUGAUAAAAAAAAGCUUGGUUUUAGAUUAGAUGAAGUAAUCAAUCAUACCAAUGUUAGAUAUUUAUCGUUAUCUAAAUGGCAUAGAGAUAUUCCAUUUGAAUUUUCAAUUCAAAGAUUGGAUCCAGACAACAACAAUGUAUUGGUUUUGGAAAGACAUACACUUCAAGGUGGAAUAAUCACUCAAAGAAAAUCAAUCAACCAACAAAAACAAUAUGAUUCAACUUAUUUAUAUUUGGAUACAUCCUCUUCCAAUCCAUUUAAAUUUAAUUGGAGUUUUGAUGUUUUAAACUAA